CAUUUUUGUCUUAAAUUGUACUCGGUUCAUCCGACUCUUAUUUCACAGAUCGUUGACGAAAUUGAUAUAGCAUUGAAUUUAUAGAGAGAGUUACAGAUCAAGAGAAAAUCCCAAGAAGCCAUGGAAGUUUCAAGAUUCAACCUUUGCUUCCAUCUCUUCAUCCUCUUAUCCGUCUUCUCCAUCUGUAAAUCAGACGAUCCAGAUUGUGUGUACACGGUGUAUAUAAGAACCGGUUCAAUCAUAAAGGGUGGCACUGAUUCUAUUAUCAGCUUGACUCUGUACGAUGCGGAUGGCUAUGGAAUUAGAAUCAACAAUCUCGAAUCAUGGGGUGGACUUAUGGGCCCAGGCUACAACUAUUUCGAGAGGGGAAACUUGGAUAUCUUUAGUGGGAGAGGUCCAUGUUUGACUGGACCAGUUUGUAAGAUGAACCUCACCUCCGAUGGGUCUGGUCCGCACCACGGUUGGUGCGUUAACUAUGUGGAGGUGACAACCACUGGUGUUCACAAGCAGUGUACACAAGAAAAGUUUACUGUAGAACAGUGGUUAGCCACCGAUGCGUCGCCUUACGAACUCACUGCCGUCAGGAAUCAUUGCUCGUCCGAUGACGAGAAACGCUGGAUCGGCGGUUUUGAUUCUUCUAUAGUGUCUGUAAUUUAAGUUUGUGUGGACGUUGCCGGCCCAUAUUAUUGCAGGUUUGUUUUAUAAAUAUCCUAUGCCACAAGAGUGUGAAUGAGGUUUAUGAUAGUUUUGUUUUUAUUAGUGCUAUGGAUUGAACUAUUCAAUAAAUGGUGUAUUACUUGGAAAGCAGAAGGAUGUGCAAAAAUUAAUGUGAGAGAACAAGGCCCAAAAAUGUUCUUUUUUGGGCAUCAUGUUUUGGUAAAGGGUAAAUUUACACCAUAAUUUUUAUUAGUUACAUCAUAUUUUUAUUGCAUUCAA